AUGGUGCAAACACUCCUGGACAGGGGAGCUAGGGUCGACAUUGCAUUGAAAGGAGAUGAUGAGAUAGACAUCCCUUUAUUCUUCUACACCUUGGAGCACCAGCCACCCAUCUGUCCAUUGCUCCUGAAGACCGUCGUACCUAUAGCUCCAGUCAGAAUUGAUGUUCUAUUCUACAAGGGUCGCAGUGUAUUGUUCCACUGUAUAGAGAAAUGUGUGGGAGAUCAGUUGGUUGAUUUCAUUCUUAGUAAGAGUUCUGCAUAUCUUGUCACUCAGAGAGUUCAAAGAAACCAGUGUGCUCGAGAAAUGGCUGAGGAACAUAACUGUGCAUGGAUGGUCAAAGCUAUUGAUGAUGCUGUGGUGAGAUGGGUGUACCAGGAGGAAGGCCUUAACCGCCAGAUCCUGGUUUUGCAGGGCUACCAGUACAUUCCUGCUCCAUUACAGAACUCCAGCAAUGAGGAGAAUGUUCCAGACACUUUCUACAGAUAUCUGCCACUGUAUCAGGAUCAGGUGAGUGCUCUACACAAGGCUGUCGAAGAGUGUGAUGAGGAAACUGUCAGACACAUCAUCUAUUUCCGACACCCAGAUGAUCACAGCCUUGACCCUUGCCUUGCUGACAGCAGACGGCCGGGAGAUGGUCAGCCUCUACUUCACAAGGCAGUCCUGAGAGGCAGUGUGGCUGUGACUCAGCUUCUGGCAGAAACCCUCGUCUAUCAGCGCAAACAAAGGCUGGAUUCUAUUAGAGAUCAGUAUUUCCGAACUGCACUGCAUUAUGCUUAUGCCAUGGAAGAUGGCAAAGACCUGGUGAAUCUUCUGCUGGAUUAUGGAGCAUCAGAGUUCACCAUGGACAAGGAUAACCGGUCACCUCUGGCAUUCAAAGACCGGCGUGGACAGGACUUGAUGAAUAAACUGCUACAGUACCAGUAUCAGCAGGAUUUUACAUACCCGGAGCCAGAUCCGUUCAGCAUUCCUCUGCCUAUACCUAUAAUCGACUACCUAAUGGCCCACAACUGCAGCCACUCAGAUGGCCACUCGCACCAAGAACUGGAACAUUUCAACUCCCGACACCAUCUCUCGCCUCUACCCAACACAGAACUAGCCGUCACAGAGUCCUCCCGACACAGCACUCCGCUGGCGAAGUCUCACAAGUAUAAGUCCGUGUCAGACACCAAGCUGCACAAACUGGUACCUGGCAAACAAGGUCUGGCAGCCAACCUGGCCAACUUCCCAGAUUUGGUGAAAUCCAGGCUGUCCAAACGGCCACAUAACAAGUGCAUUGUGGAUGGGGUUCGGAAGGAUUAUCUGCCUGUGCCUUUAGAUGCACCACGGGAUAGUGAUGAUGAGUACGAUUAUGAAGAUGAUGGGGCCGAUUGUAGAGAUUUGUUAGAUGAAAAGGAAAUGAGGAAAUCUACUUCGUGCCGCAUACAAUAA